AUGGUUACACCCAAAACUCUUAAAAUCAAACUGCUAGUGCCCGCAUUGCAUCCCUCUAAGAAGAAUGGCUACUUCAUCCAAUUGGAGGAUGACAGCUGUACUGGCAACGAGGACACCCGGUCCUUCCUGCUCUGCCAGCUGACCAAUCAUGGAGCCUCUGAACUCUACUGUCUCGCAUGCGGGCUUGCUAUGCCAGUGUAUGAU